AUGGCAGACUUUCCUCCAAACCCUGAAGAUGGAGAGCUAUGGCUUCCUUCUGAUGUUUUUCUUGAAAUUGUGUCCACAACAACUGUUCAAAAUAAGAACAAGAAUCUUGUUCAUGGUCCUCCCACCACCUUAAAAUCUUCUGCCUAUGUUGCCCCAAAAAAUCAGAAAUGUGACGCUUUUUGUGGUGUGAAGCCAAAUGGGAAGAAUCCCAUUGGCAAAAGAGAUCCAAGUGUUAACCAUGGCAGCCAUCCAUGGUGGAGUCAUGGAUUUCAAGUUGUAUCUGGACCCUUUAACGUCUACCAUUCAAAGAUCACGAUACCGACUCAUCAAGCUCAAGGUUUUAAAAACGGGCAAGCUAUGUUUGUCCAUGGAAAAUCUGAAGGCACUGGGGUUUUUCUUCCUCGUUUUAAGAAAUCACCCUCGAAGGAAAUUGGGGUAUUGCCUAGAGGGACUGGUGUGUUCCUUAAUCAUCAAGUUAUGGACAAAAACAAAAAUGGUGGUGAAAAGAAUGAUCAGGAGUUCAAAAAGAAGAAACAAUUUGGCAAGGACGAAAGUGAGGAAAAUAAGAGAUUUGAGUCUCAAUUGACACAUGAUAAUCAAAUAUCUUUACCUAAGGAAUGGACAUAUUCAGCUCUCUAG